AUAGUGAAGAGAACAAGGUCCUUGAUUCCCACACUGGCACGCACCAUCCUAAAAAAUUAUGGUUGGGCCAUCCCGUCUAAAAACUUUGCACCCUCUUCAACCUUUCUCACUCAAGACACCUUCUGCUACUUCUUCUUCUACUUCUACCUUAAGCUCCAUGAAGAUCAAAACCCUAAUUCACACCCUGUUUUACACUCAUAUUUCGCGCAUUCUUCGAGCUCUUUCCAAGGCAAAAUCAAAAAUCAUCCAAACCUUCAAAGAAAACCAAGCCAUCCAUUUUAUUCUUUACCCCACAAAGAAAUUGAAGAAACACAGACAUAAGAAAACAUUUUUUGGUUCAUUUAGGCUGCACUACAACUGGUGCUCCUCCCAUGUGUUACCGGUCCCAGCUCCGGUCCUAAACCGGCUCCCGGACUCUCAUCUAUACAAUGAUUCAACGUGGAAUUCAAUGAUUUCAACCGAGCCGAAGGAGGAGGCCUCGGACUCUCAGCUUUCUGGCUACCUCCAAUGGUUAGAAGAAAAGCCGAGUGAAGAGACAGAAGUGAAUGAGAUUGAUAAGCUUGCGGAUAUGUUCAUUGCUAGUUGCCAUGAGAAGUUCUUGUUGGAGAAGGUGGAGUCAUAUAGGAGAUUUCAAGAAAUGCUAGCUAGAAGUGUAUGACUUAGUUUUUGUUUUUUUUUUUAGGCUUUCCUAUUUCUGUUUUGGAAAGUAUAGUAAUUGGCAAGUGGCAACUGAGUCCUUCUUUGCCUUUUUGCUUUUCAACUUUUAUCCUUUUUGUUUUGAAAUUUGAACUGGAAAUGGGGUUUGGAGAAUUGGACAUGACUUGAAGACCAGGGUUGGCAUUUUGUGCAAUUCUUCUCUAAAAAUUUGGAUGGUGAUCUUUGCAAGGGAUAUCUAUUAGUACUGUAAGGAUUAAUUGCUGAUCAUUGAACUUACUAAAAAAUUUUCCCCUUU